UAUCACAAAAACAAAGACAGGAAUACAAGGUGUACGUGCUGUAUAUUUCGUGCUUGAGAGAAGUUUGUGUGGUUUUUCAUAAUGGAGCAUUUGGGUCAGUAUGAUUUAAAUUGUGACCUUAAAAAUGGAGUCAACAUGUGUUGUGAUGAAGAGUCUUUUGUCAAAGAGAUCAAUACAACUUCCAUUGAAUAUGCUGUCAAAGUCUUGCUGAUGGAUCUAGGGGAAGACAUCAACAGGGAAGGCAUUAUAAAGACACCACAUCGUGUUGCAAAGGCCCUCUUUGAAGGAACAAGAGGUUACAAGCAAAGUGCGAAGGAAAUUGUGGAAGGUGCAUUAUUCCCUGAAGCUGGUGUAGACAGCACAAAAGUUGGUCAUGCAGGUGAACUUGUGAUUGUGAGAGACCUUGAAUUUUAUUCCUAUUGUGAGUCUUGCAUGCUACCAUUUUAUUUCAAGUGUCAUGUGGGUUAUGUCCCUUCUGGUCAAAGAGUUUUGGGUUUAAGCAAGCUCUCUCGUGUGACCAAUGUGUUUGCAAAACGAUUCCAAGAGCCUCAGCGUCUUGCAAAUGAGGUGUGUUCUGCUUUGCAUCAAGGAAUAGAACCAGCGGGUGUUGCUGUCGUGCUCCAAUGCACACACAUCAACAUUCCAGACACAGAAUCAAACUUUUUUGACUCAAAUCACAAAGGGUUGGUGGAGACACUAGUUUCUUCAGGGUCUGGUGUUUUUGAAAACAACGAUGCAGACACCUGGGGUGAUGUUUUUGGUCUUCUCAAGGUUAGAGGAAUAGAUAAGGACAAAGUACAUGUUAAGAGAUCAUUAGACCAACAUUGGUGUCCUUCUUUGUCAUCCAAGAUUGGAGAAAUCAACCCUAUUAUGAUUACUGCCGUAUCUUCAAUCCUCAAAUCUUUAGGUGAGGAUCCAAUAAGGAAGGAGUUAGUAGGGACUCCAAGUAGAUAUGCGAAAUGGUUGAUGAACUUCCAAUAUUGCAAUGACAUUUAUGUGAAGCUGAAUGGUUCUCUUAGAAGUGGGGUAGAUGAUUCUUUGCACACUAACGGGGAGGUAAGCUUUGAUGAUAAAGAAUUACACUCUGACUUGAACUUGCCCUUUUGGUCACAAUGUGAGCAUCAUUUACUUCCAUUUCAUGGUGUUGUUCACAUAGGAUACUUCAUUCCCAAAGGGUUUCACCCCGUUGAAAAAUCCCUUUUACAGUCAAUAGUGCAUUUUUAUGGCUUUAAGCUCCAGGUUCAAGAAAGGCUCACAAAGCAGAUAGCAGAAACUGUUUCUCCACUCCUAGGAGGAAAUGUGAUAGUGGUGGUGGAAGCAAGUCACACGUGUAUGAUUUCUAGGGGGAUUGAGAAGUUUGGAAGCAAUACAUCUACCAUUGCUGUGUUAGGACGCUUUUCUACUGACCUUGCUGCAAGAACCUCGUUUCUAGAGAGUAUUCCAAAUGCUACAUCUCUUUGAAGAAUUAUGACUGGCUACCUCACUCUUGUUGGAAGGAUUUCUCAAUUGUUCCAUAUUCAUCAUUUAUCUGCAUGUUUAAGGUUUGUGUCUUCCUUCUUAAUGUAAUAACCAAAUACUAUGUUAUUGAGGGAGUGAGAAUUUUAAAAGUUAAAUAAAAAUUGAAGUUAAAAACAUAUUAUCAACCGAC